CAUGGACAAAGAACAAUGAAGAGCCAAGGCAGCUGCAAAAUCGGAAACAAGUGCUUUUCGUCAAUGAUCGUCACGACGCAAGGACAAGUCAAGGACGUCGUCUACCAGAAGCAGCACUAUGGACAUGACAUGGAUGUUGGACACCUGACGCUGACAGACAAGGAAAAGGCAGAAAUUGCAGGAAAGCUGUCCCAGGGUGUCCCCAUAAAGGUCAUCAUGAAGGACAUCAGGACUUCCAUCAGCGGACCAUUGCGACCACUUCACCUCCUUGAGCGCCCACAGGUCCACAACAUCAAGAGGCAGUUCAACAUCACUUACAGCGAGAGAUGCCAUCAAGAUGACCACAGGAGUGUUGGAAUCUGGGCCCAAGUAAUGAUGAGCCAAGACAACAGCCUGGUAAAGCUCUUCAAGCAACAAGGGAUGGCUGAUCCAACUGGCCAGCUGAGUGAACGAGAUUUCGCCCUGGUUCUGAUGACUGAACCCCAGCAGGAGCUGCUCCAGAAGCUUGGGACUGACAAGAUAUGCAUUGACUCUACUCAUGGGACCACUGGCUAUGACUUCCUACUUACCACCCUGCUGGUCGUGGACGAGUUCGGUUCUGGGGUGCCUUGUGCCUACCUUCUUAGUAACAGGGCCGACGCAAUCAUGAUGAAGAUAUUUUUUGAGGCUGUUCGGGAGGCAGUUGGAGUUAUCUCUGCAAAGGUUUUCAUGUCUGACGAUGCUUCAGAGUUCUAUAAUGCCUGGUCAGCUGUGAUGUCACCUGCCGAAAGACAGCUGCUCUGCACAUGGCACGUGGACAAAAACUGGAAAUUAAACAUCAGGAAGCUGGUUGAAGGCCAAGAACUCAUGGCCUCUGUCUACAAGGCAGUAAGGGUCCUGCUGGAAUGCCAAGACCAGGAAGAGUUUGAAGAGCUCUUGAAGGCUUUCGUGGACUGCAAGGACCCCUCUCUGAAGCUCUUUUUGGACUACUUCAAGGCCCACUAUGCCAAACGUCCCCAUCUUUGGGCUUUUUGUUACAGAAAAGGAGCAGGCAUCAACACCAACAUGUACAUAGAAGCCAUGCACAAGACCCUGAAGCACUGCUACCUUGAAGGAAAGAAAAACAAGCGUGUGGACAAGCUGAUUUCAGCACUCAUCGACAUGACGUAUGACAAGUUGUUCCAGCGACUAGUCAAGCUCUGCAAAGGCAAGCCCACCACCAGAAUCGCUCGAAUCAACAGGAGCCACCUAGCAGCUCUGAAGAUGGACGUCAAGGAUGUACUUCUUUUGGAAGGAGAUGCAUGGAGUGUGAAAUCGCAGUCCAUAAAUAGCCUGGUGUACAGGGUUUCAAGGGUUCAGGGUGAGAAGUGCAAAGGCUGCCAUCUGCAAUGCGAAGCUUGCAAGACGUGUGUCCAUGACUACACCUGCACAUGUCUUGAACACGUCGCGUGCUUGACGAUAUGUGGAGACUGUUCAAAGGAGGCUGUUCGCAGAGCGAAGAAGCUGAUAUCGGAUGCAGUGGAGAUUCUGGCAGAGAGCAAGGACGGUACGGGCAGCUUUCCUGAAGUGACGAAAGAACCAGCAAACAAGCUUGUUGAAAAGCUGAAGAGGUUCCACUCAACGAAGAAGCCUGGACUGUCAGCUCCAGAACCCAGCCUAGCAAAGCCAACAGUACUCCAGAAAGAAGUCAUCACUCAACAACUUCUGGACAACGACCUGGAGCAUAUUGACAUUCACACAAAUUUUGACCAUCUUUAUUAG